AUGUUGUUUUCAUCCUACAGUUUGCUGCUCCUCCUGCCGGUGGCGAUCUACUCGCUUUACAGGCUAUUGAGGAUAGGGAGACGCCAUCCUCGCAUGCCUCCAGGACCACCAACUGUUCCGGUGUUGGGCAAUGCUCUCCAAAUCCCUACAACUGGGUUGGGCAAGAAAUUUAAAGAAUGGGCCGACACGUACGGGCCUAUCUUUUCGCUGACCAUCGGCCCGACGAAAAUCGUCGUGCUGUGUGACCGGAGAGCGGCCAACCAGCUGCUGGACAAGAGAGGGAGCAUCUACUCCGACAGGCCCUUUAACUACGUCUCUAACUAUGUCACCCAUGGCGAUCAUUUGACCCUAGAAUGCCAGACGCCGUCCUGGAGAGAGAAACGUUCUGUUGUCACGCGUAAUCUGAAUCCAAAGAGUCUGGAUGAGAAGCAUUUCCGAAUUCAAGAGGCUGAGUCAGAAACCCCCCAGACAACUCCCGCCUCCAUGCUCUAG